AUGUCGGUACAUGCACGCGCAGCACCCGCUCUGAUCAAAGCUUUUACCAGCAUGGUCAGAGAAACAGAUGCUUCAGUGUGCCGACAGAAACUGAAGUCUCACCUGAAGGAGAAAUUCCAGUGUGUGUUUGAGGGGAUUGCUAAAGCGGGAGACCCAACCCUUCUGAAUCAGAUCUACACAGAGCUCUACAUCACAGAGGGAGGGACUGGAGAGGUCAACGAUGAACACGAGGUCAGACAGAUCGAAACAACAUCCAGGAAAGCACACAGAGCAGAAACUACCAUCAGACAGGAAGACAUCUUUAAAGGCUCACCUGGAAGAGAUGAACCAAUCAGAAGAGUGAUGACAAAGGGAGUGGCUGGCAUUGGGAAAACAGUCUUAACACAGAAGUUCAGUCUGGACUGGGCUGAAGGCAAAGCCAACCAGGACAUCCAGUUCACAUUUCCAUUCUCUUUCAGAGAGCUGAAUGUGCUGAAAGAGAAAAAGUUGAGCUUGGUGGAACUUGUUCAUGAUUUCUUCACUGAAACCAAAGAAGCAGGACUCUGCAGGUUUGAAGAGUUCCAGGUGGUCUUCAUCUUUGACGGUCUGGAUGAGCGUCGACUUCCUCUGGACUUCCACAACAAUGGGAUCUUGACUGAUGUUAGCCAGUCCACCUCAGUGGAUGUGCUGCUGACAAACCUCAUCAGGGGGAACCUGCUUCCAUCUGCUCGCCUCUGGAUAACCACACGACCUGCAGCAGCCAAUCAGAUCCCCCCUGAGUGUGUUGACAUGGUGACAGAGGUCAGAGGGUUCACUGACCCUCAGAAGGAGGAGUACUUCAGGAAGAGAUUCAGAGAUGAGGAGCAGGCCAGCAGAAUCAUCUCCCACAUCAAGACAUCCCGAAGCCUCCACAUCAUGUGCCACAUCCCAGUCUUCUGCUGGAUCACUGCUACAGUUCUGGAGGAUCUGCAGAAGACCAGAGAUGGAGGAGAGCUGCCCAAGACCCUGACUGAGAUGUACAUCCACUUCCUGGUGGUUCAGACCAAAGUGAAGAACAUCAAGUAUGAUGGAGGAGCUGAGACUGAUCCACACUGGAGUCCAGAGAGCAGGAAGAUGAUUGAGUCUCUGGGAAAACUGGCUUUUGAGCAGCUGCAGAAAGGGAACCUGAUCUUCUAUGAAGCAGACCUGAAAGAGUGUGGCAUGGAUAUCAGAGCAGCCUCAGUGUACUCAGGAGUGUUCACACAGAUCUUCAGAGAGGAGAGAGGACUGUACCAGGACACGGUGUUCUGCUUCAUCCAUCUGAAAGUUCAGGAGUUUCUGGCUGCUCUUCAUGUCCAUCAGACAUUCUUCAGCUCUGGAGUUAAUCUGAUGGCAGAGGAACAAACAACGUUCCAGGUGUCUAAAUUUUUUAAAGACAAACAGAAGCUCAAACACUUCUUCCGUACUGCUGUGGACCAGGCCUUAGAGAGUCCAAACGGACACCUGGACUUGUUCCUCCGUUUUCUCCUUGGUCUUUCACGAGAGACCAAUCAGAACCACAUCAGGGGUCUGCUGACCCAGAGAGCAAGUGGCUCAAAGAUGAAAAAGAAAACAGUGAAGUAUAUCAAGAAGAAGAUCAGUGAGGAUCUGUCAGCAGAGAAAAGCAUCAAUCUGUUCCACUGUCUGAAUAAACUGAAUGAUGGUUCUCUAGUGAAGGAGAUCCAAAAGUCACUGACAUCAGGAUGUGUCUCAACAGAUAAACUGUCUCCUGCUCAGUGGUCAGCUGUGGUCUUCAUCUUACUGUCAUCAGAAGAAGAUCUGGACGUGUUUGACCUGAAGAAAUACUCUGCUUCAGAGGAGGCUCUUCUGAGGCUGCUGCCAGUGAACAAAGCCUCCAACAAAGCUCUACUGGUUGGUUGUUACCUAUCCGAGAGAAGCUGUGCAGCUCUGUCCUCAGUCCUCAGCUCCCAGUCCUCUAGUCUGGGAGACCUGGACUUGAGUAACAACAACCUGAAGGACUCAGGAGUGAAGCUGCUGUCUGAUUGCUUAGGGAGUCUAUAUUGUAGACUACAAACUCUUAGCUUGAGUGGUUGUAACCUGUCAGAGAGAAGCUGUGAAGCUCUGUCCUCAGUCCUCAGCUCCCAGUCCUCUAGACUGAGAGACCUGGACCUGAGUCACAACCACCUGCAGGAUUUAGGAGUAAAACUUCUUUCUGAUGGACUCAAGAGUCAGCACUGCCACCUGGAAACUCUCAGGUUAAGUGGCUGUAACCUGUCAGAGAGAAGCUGCAGAGCUCUGUCCUCAGUCCUCAGCUCCCAGUCCUCUAGUCUGAGAGACCUGGACCUGAGUAACAACGACCUGCAUGAUUCAGGAGUGAAGCGUCUGUGUACUGCAAUAAAAAUUCUGCACUGCUCACUGGAAACUCUCAGUCUGUCAGGCUGUCUGAUCUCAGAAGACGGUUGUGCGUCUCUGGCCUCAGCUCUGAGCUCUUCCUCCUCCCUGAGAGAGCUGGACCUGAGCUACAAUCAUCCAGGAGAAGGAGGAGAGAAGCUGCUGUCUUCUCGACUGAUGGAUCCAGACUACAGACUGGAGACACUGAGGUUACAUCAAGGUGGAUUUCAAAGACUGAAACCUGGUCCGAGGAAAUACGCCUGUGAGCUGGACCUGCGCAUACACCCAGACAGCAAAAUAAACCUCAGACUGUCCGACAACAACAGGAAGGUGACAUUUACGCGAGGAUAUAGAGCAGCACCUAAUCAUCUAGACGAUUAUGACCUGUGGACUCAGGUGCUGUGCCGGACUGGUCUAACCGGUCGCUGUUACUGGGAGGUAGAGUGGAGGGGAGAUGUUUAUGUAUCAUUGAGUUACAGAGGAACCAAACAGCCAGGAAUCAGAGCUCAUUGUUAUUUUGGGUUCAAUGCUCAGUCCUGGUGUCUGAUCUGCUCUGACAAGGGUUACUCUGUCAGGCACCGUAACAGAAGAACAAACAUCCCCUCGUCCUCAGUCUCUCACAGAGUAUCAGUGUAUGUGGACUGUCCUGCUGGCUAUCUGUCCUUCUACAAAGUCUCCUCUGACACACUGAUCCACCUCCACACCUUCAACACCACAUUCACUGAACCUCUCUAUCCUGAGUUUGGGCUCUGGACUCAUGGUGGCUCAGUGUCUCUGUGUGGUGGCCCCGUUUAA